UUGAUUACAUAUUAAUAUUAUGAUUAUAAAAGUAUCAUCAGCUGUUAUUCAAACGAAUCGCGAAUUGUCGCAGGUCUUCCUAUUGUUGUCUUACGCCUCUGUGGUUUUGUCUUUUGUUUCAACGAGCUCAAUAAUUAAUUAUUAAUUUUAUUAGAUGCAAGGCACACUGCAGACUGCAGUACUGCAUACAGCUGCACAGACGUCAAACACUCCCACCAUUUCAAUACUCCGGUAUAUUAUUAUUGGACCCGACUAUUGACAGUACAAUAAUAUAAAAUAUUGUAUUUAAUGAGACAUAAUAAUAUUAAUUAUUUCGAAAUUAUGACGUAUGACACUAUGACUGUACCACUGUUCAGAAAAUCGAUCAAGCGGAAUUAUCUUUUUUCUAUGGACAUUAUUUAUUAUAAUAAUUUGCAGGCAGUACUUUGUUAAUAGUAACAUUUUAUACAUUUGAGGUUUUCAUUGCACAGUUCCUGUUCUUGUUUUUCGAUUUAUGGUUGGAAAAUUCGAGAUAUAAUAUUGAAAAAUGGCUGGAUGUGUUGAACACUUAUCUGAUGCCAUGGGCACUUUGUCAGUGAAUGAUGACCACUGGAAUGAACUUGGAUUGGAUGAAAAUAUUCGAAAACAGUUGAAAAAAAUUGAAAACGAAUGUGAGAGUAUUUUUUCAUGGGACAUCCAACGAUUAACUGGAUGUAAUCAAAAUCUUUUGAUUAAUCGUAUUGAUAAGGUUCGAGAAAAGAUAGAAAUGAUUAUUGACAAGGACGAUGAAUACAAUUUAAAUAGAUUUUAUUUACAACUAAUAGUUAGUUAUGAACUUUAUAUUAACAAAAGUUAUAAAGAGUCAUACUGGGAAAUCGAAAAUGUUGUUAAAUUUAUGGAAACGUGUAAAUAUGAUGAAUCAAACGAACAGUACUCUGAUGCAUAUAACCAUAUUGCUCGUGCCACCUUAGCUUACAUUGCUUUAACAUUACAAAUUGACUCAGAAAAGUUAUUGAAGAAUCUUAAGCAAAUCAACAAUUUUAAUCGAGCUGAAAAAGCUGCAGUUUGUGCUGUUAAAGCUAGAAUUUUUAUGGAGUAUCCGCCUAAAGGAAAUGAUAUAGCAUUAAAAUUUGCUGAUCAAGCUCGUACCUUUCAUUCUACUGAACCUGAAUGGAUAGUAAUUUGGCUAAAAGCUAAAGGACGAGUAAGACGUUAUUACGAACAAUAUACAAUUCCAGACGACAAUGAAAUGGACGCUGCAGAAAUGUUAUGCUCUACCAAAACAAAGGCUCGACUUUUAAUUCAAGCUUCUAAAGUUUAUAUGGAAGCAGCAUUUGCUAAUAAAUUAAAAAAUAAUAAAGAAGAAUCAAAUAAAUAUUAUAAACUUUCGUCUGAUAUUACUAAAAAAUCAGUUGAAUUAGCCAAAGAUGACAUAAAACAGCUUUAUUCUUGCCUACUGACAUGUAUUGAUUAUCCUAAAGAGUUAUUAUCAAAAUCUAUGAUGGACAACUUAAUUGCAAAACUGACAAAUGUGAAAAAUAGCCGCGUGGAUCAAGUUCUAGGCAAAUAUUAUUUAAAAAAUGAAAGGGAUUAUGAAAAAGCAAAAAUUCAUUUAUCUCGUGGAAUGGCUGCUGGUCAUUUUAGUAGUUCAUUGCAGUUAAUAAAAGUAGAGUGCCUUUUACAACCUGUCGAUAAAUUUCCUCUUGUUCAAACAUUAAAAAUGAUGUAUGAUGUUUUUCCCAGCCCAAAAAGAAGGCUUAUUAUUUUAUCACAAAUAUUGAUUUAUUACAAUUACUGUGAAAAUAAUCCUAAAGAAAUGAUGCGCUACUUAAAAAUGUAUAUUGAUCAAGACAUUGAAGAUACAUUUAAAAAACGUCAUUUAAUUUUUGCUCAUCCACUUUUUAAGGUAAAUGGAUUCAAACCAAAACAAUUUUUAAACGUUCUAUCUAUGGAAGUAAAAGAAUUAGUUAACAAUUAUAAAUGGAAUUCAGAAGAAAAAAAGAUGAUAGAUAAUAUAUUCGAACGGUUGAUUAGAAUUUCAAGAUUGCAUUUUAAUGAUGAUAAUAAAACUGCUUUUCACAGUAAAAAUGAAACCAAAAGAUAUCCUAAUAAUAAUAGAAGAAAUGAAUCUUGGCGAAAACAAAAAGUUGAUUCGUCAGAAAAUUUGUCUAAUAAGAGUCAACAACACCCAUUUUCUUUUAAGAAGUCUUUAGAAAAUCAUGGGACUCCAGUUAUAGAACCAUUAACAAAUCAACAUAAAUUAAUUGAUAAAAGUGUUGAAUUACCUUUAAAAACCCCUAUUGAUGAACCAAUGAAGAGUUUGAAAGAUUCAAAUAGUACUGAAACAAAACUAAAAAAAUUUGAAAACAAAUUUAGUUCCUUGGGAGGUUUACAUGUUGUGUCAUUAGAAAACAAUUCUAUCAAAAAACCAUUAAGUAGUAGAGUACAUGUUAGAGGUAGUAACAGAUAUAAUGGUUCUAGACCAAGUUGGCGAAAUCAGCAAGAUGUUUCUCAAAAUCAAAACAGCUUUGAAAUAUUUCAUAGUAAUGGUAUUAAUUCUCAACGCUUUCGAGGAGAUAAAAAUGUAUACUCGAAAAAUCAAGAUACUGGAAACCCAAAACAUGAAUUUGGCAAUCAUUCUCUAUUUGGUCGGUCAAAUAAAGAUACUAAUGAUUUAGCGUAAAAUGUAUUAUUCACAUUUUAUUUUAAAUGAAAUUGUACAACUUAUUUACUUACUAUUUUUUCUAUAUUAUAAUAUAUAAUCUAUGUAUUAGUAAAUCAAUUAGCUAUUAAUUUUAUCAUCUGUUAUUUGUGAAUUUUUAUAUUAUGUUGACUAUAGCUGUAUUGAGUUAAUUAAAUAACUGAUCAUUUUUUUAUUUACCUAAA